UUUUUAUACCCACAACUUAAAACCAGUAAAACUUUCAUAUCCACACCUCUACACAAUCAUGAAGCCACUCAAAAUCCAGAAGAAAAUGACAAAUCCCAAGAACAAUCUAUCCAUGGUCCUAACUCCUAAUGCUAUCUAUGGUCAUGUUAACAAAAAACGACACAUUCCAUGCCAGUUGCACUCUUAUUCAAUGCUAAAGGGUCAGACAAACAUAUUCUUAAAUUCAAUGCCAAAAGCCAAUUCAACCAAGAAUAUUUAAACAACAAUCACAAUAAUUAUUUAUAUGCAAAAAGAUAAUGUCUAAUUCUUUCUCCUCUUGUUCUUUAUAGAAGCUACUACCAAGUCUUUCUUCCACUUCUGUUAUCUACUGCUUUCUCUUUCCUUCAUCAACUCUUUUUAUUUCUCUCUCUAAUACUUUCUCUCUCAACAAAUUUGGAAUUUCUUUCAAAUGGGUAGUAAUUUGUUUGGCAAUUUCAGGAUUCUUACCUUCGCUUUUGCAAUUUUCUUGUUAUGUUCUACCUUUACUCUUACAGGAGCAUACGAUCCUCUCGAUCCAACUGGGAACAUUACGAUCAAGUGGGAUGUCAUAAGUUGGACUCCGGAUGGUUAUGUUGUAUGUCUUAUAUCCUUGGUGCUGUGGUUACGAUGUACAACUUUCAAAAGUAUCGUCACAUUCAAGCACCAGGGUGGCAACUCAGAUGGACAUGGGCGAAAAAGGAGGUUAUUUGGAGCAUGGUGGGUGGCCAAGCAACAGAACAAGGGGACUGCUCAAAAUUUAAGGGCACUAUCCCACAUUGUUGUAAGAAGGAUCCAACCAUUGUCGACUUGUUGCCAGGGACUCCGUACAAUCAGCAGAUUGCCAAUUGCUGCAAGGGAGGAGUUCUAAACUCUUGGGUGCAGGACCCUGCCACCGCAAUUAGCUCAUUUCAAAUUAGUGUGGGUCGAUCAGGCACCUCAAAUAAAACGGUCAAAGUGCCUAGGAAUGUCACUCUGAACGCUCCUGGACCCGGUUACACUUGCGGGCCAGCGAAGAUUGUUAAAGCCAGCAAAUUUAAAACCCAAGAUGGGAGGAGAACCACUCAAGCUUUGAUGACCUGGAAUGUGACAUGCACAUAUUCUCAGUUCCUGUCUCAGAAAACUCCAUCAUGUUGUGUCUCGCUUUCGUCCUUCUACAAUGACACAAUUAUACCUUGUCCGACAUGCAGCUGUGGCUGCCAGAACAAUGCCUCUAAUCCCGGAAGCUGUGUCGAGGCUAAUUCCCCGUACUUGGCUUCAGUUGUCGCUCCCGGACUAGCUAAUAGAAACAAUUACUUACCGCCUCUGGUUCGUUGUACUAACCAUAUGUGUCCAAUCCGGAUACACUGGCAUGUCAAAACCAAUUACAAGGACUAUUGGCGAGUUAGGGUUACGAUUACAAAUUUCAACUAUAGGAUGAACUACUCGCAAUGGAACUUGGUUGUGCAACAUCCAAACUUCGACAACUUGACUCAGAGUUUCAGCUUCAAUUAUGAACCAUUAACUCCUUACUUGAAUAUAAAUGAUACCGCUAUGCUAUGGGGAAUCAAGUUCUAUAAUGAUCUACUUAUGCAAGCGGGUCCAUAUGGCAACGUUCAGUCUGAAUUACUCUUUCGGAAAGACAAGUCUACAUUUACAUUCGAAAAAGGUUGGGCCUUCCCUCAUAGAAUAUACUUCAACGGUGAUAAUUGUGUGAUGCCGCCUCCUGAUACCUACCCAUGGCUUCCAAAUGCUAGUGCUCGUCUAAAUUUCUCGCUUUUGCCUGUAACUUUGACGCUAUUAUUAUCCUUGACUUUCUUAUAUGCACAUGCUUGAGAGUUCAAUCCCUUUCUUUGGGGUAAAUAUUACACGGAAAUCAGUCUGAGUCGAUAAUGGAUUUGGACUCCAAUUGUUGGGUUUGACGACUGUGUUGGAAGCCUGUUGAAGAUCAGCUGCAAUAUCAACCUUCUGCGAUGUUAUUUGCUGUUUGUCUGAUGAUCAGGUUUGUGACUCGAUCAUUACCAAUUUUAUGUAUAUGUAUUAGUCAUAUUUCCUUUGUAUAGAUAAGAUUUAUUCGAUUACUAAAAACGUCGAAUUGUAACGAAAACGAAAACCAUAUUCUGAUACAAAAUGCUAACAAUUACUCAUUGUUCAAAA